AUGUGGUACGAAGCCUUACCAUCCGCCGUUAUCGUGUAUGUGCUGUUGAACAUACCCGACAGGUUCAACUCUCUGUCGAAUAAAUUGGUUUACAAUAAUGUUUACAGACGUGAUAUUAGUCAACCUUGGCUUCAAAGGUAUUAUGCCAGAGACUGGGAAUUAACUGGUGAUCCCUACAAGGCACAAGGCCUUGAAAGUUUACCAAAUGAGCCUUCGGUUACUGGAAUUGAUUGGCAAAAAUUUGGAAAAGGACCAAAUCACUCAUUCUAUGGAACUAAAUUGUAA